AUGGUUUCUAGCCUGCUUCCAAACCCCACCUCGGCUGAGUGUUGGGCAGCCCUUCUACAUGAUCCUAUGACUCUUGAUAUGGACGCAGUCCUGUCAGACUUUGUUCGGUCCACGGGGGCAGAACCUGGUCUGGCCAGAGACCUGCUGGAAGGCAAAAACUGGGACCUGACUGCCGCUCUGAGUGACUAUGAGCAGCUCCGACAAGUGCACACAGCCAACCUGCCGCAUGUGUUCAACGAGGGCAGGUGCCCCAAGCAGCCAGAGCGAGAGCCGCCCCAAACCAGCCACAAGGUGGAGCGGCCCUGCCUGCAGAGACAGGACGACAUUGCCCAAGAAAAGCGACUCUCCCGGGGGAUUUCCCACGCCAGCUCGGCAAUCGUCUCCCUGGCCCGGUCCCACGUGGCGAGUGAGUGCAACAAUGAGCAGUUCCCCCUGGAGAUGCCCAUCUACACAUUCCAGCUGCCAGAUCUGAGCGUGUACAGCGAAGACUUCAGGAGCUUCAUCGAACGGGACUUGAUUGAGCAGGCGACCAUGGUGGCUUUGGAGCAGGCAGGUCGCCUGAACUGGUGGUCCACUGUGUGCACGAGCUGUAAACGGCUUCUUCCUUUGGCCACUACAGGGGACGGGAACUGCCUUUUACACGCAGCCUCUCUGGGAAUGUGGGGCUUUCACGACCGGGACCUGGUGUUGCGGAAAGCUCUCUAUACAAUGAUGAGGACAGGAGCGGAAAGAGAAGCCCUAAAGCGGAGGUGGAGGUGGCAGCAGACGCAGCAGAACAAGGAGGAGGAAUGGGAGCGGGAGUGGACGGAGCUGCUGAAAUUGGCGUCCAGCGAGCCACGCACGCACUUCAGCAAGAACGGUGGCACAGGCGGGGGUGUGGACAACUCUGAGGACCCCGUGUACGAGAGUCUAGAGGAGUUCCAUGUGUUUGUCCUCGCCCAUAUAUUAAGAAGACCAAUAGUUGUCGUAGCAGAUACAAUGCUGAGGGACUCAGGUGGAGAAGCAUUUGCUCCAAUCCCAUUCGGAGGGAUUUACCUGCCCCUGGAGGUGCCUCCCAACAGAUGCCACUGCUCUCCUCUGGUUCUUGCCUACGAUCAAGCGCAUUUCUCUGCCCUUGUGUCCAUGGAGCAGAGAGAUCAACAAAGAGAACAAGCCGUGAUCCCCCUGACGGAUUCGGAGCACAAGCUGCUGCCUCUGCACUUUGCAGUGGACCCCGGGAAGGACUGGGAGUGGGGGAAAGACGACAACGAUAACGCCCGGCUGGCCCACCUGAUCCUGUCGCUCGAAGCCAAGCUGAACCUUCUGCACAGCUACAUGAAUGUGACGUGGAUCCGGAUCCCCUCCGAGACCCGGGCCCCUCUGGCACAACCGGAAUCCCCAACAGCCUCAGUGGGAGAGGACGUGCAGUCCCUGGCCGACUCCCUGGACUCGGACCGGGACUCGGUGUGCAGCAAUUCCAACAGCAAUAAUGGCAAGAACGGCAAGGACAAGGAGAAGGAGAAGCAGCGCAAGGAGAAGGACAAGACCCGCGCGGACUCUGUGGCCAACAAGCUGGGCAGCUUCAGCAAGACGCUGGGCAUCAAGCUAAAGAAAAACAUGGGCGGCCUGGGCGGCCUGGUGCACGGCAAGAUGGGCCGUGCUAACUCCGCCAACGGCAAGAACGGCGACGCACCCGAGCGCGGCAAGGAGAAGAAGACCAAGUCGCGCAAGGGCAGCAAGGAAGAGUCGGGCGCGUCAGCGAGCACGUCGCCGUCGGAGAAGACCACGCCGUCGCCCACGGACAAGGCGGCCGGGGCGUCGCCGGCCGAAAAGGGCGGCGGGCCGCGGGGCGACGCCUGGAAGUACAGCACGGACGUGAAGCUGAGCCUCAACAUCCUGCGCGCCGCCAUGCAGGGCGAGCGCAAGUUCAUCUUCGCCGGCCUGCUGCUCACCAGCCACCGGCACCAGUUCCACGAGGAGAUGAUAGGCUACUACCUGACCAGCGCGCAGGAGCGCUUCAGCGCCGAGCAGGAGCAGCGGCGCCGCGACGCCGCCGCGGCCGCCGCCGCCUCCACGGCCAAGCGGCCGCCGCGCAGGCCAGAGACCGAGGGCGCGCCGGGCGCCGAGCGCGCCUCGCCGGGCCCGCCGGCCGGGCCGCCCACGCAGCUGGUGCUCAAGCUCAAGGAGCUCAUCCACGUGCAGGCCGCGGGCGCGCGGGACGACGCGUGCGCGCCGGCCGUGGGCGCGCUGCGGCCGUGCGCCACGUACCCGCAGCAGAACCGCUCGCUGUCGUCGCAGAGCUACAGCCCGGCGCGCGCCGCCGCCCUGCGCACCGUCAACACGGUCGAGUCGCUGGCGCGCGCCGUCCCCGCCGCCCUACCCGGCGCGGCGGGGGCCGCGGGCCCCGCCGAGCACAAGUCGCAGACCUACACCAACGGCUUCGGCGCCGCGCGCGAAGGCCUGGAGUUCGCCGACGCCGACGCGCCGGCCGCCCGCUCGAACGGUGAGUGCGGCCGCGGCGGCCCGGGGCUGGCGCAGCGGCGCUGCCAGCGCGAGAACUGCGCGUUCUACGGGCGCGCCGAGACCGAGCACUACUGCUCGUACUGCUACCGCGAGGAGCUGCGGCGGCGGCGCGAGGCGCGCGGGGCCCGGCCCUGAGUGCGCCGCGCGCGCCAGCUUUUACCAUAAAGGAUUUCUUUUCCAUUCUGUCGGUGUCUUUUUUACAUUCCCUGGUCAACCGGAAGGCCGGCGACUCCUCUGUCAGUGCUGUGUACGUGUUUGGUCAAACGUUCCUAAUGGUGCCUGAACCUACACUGACGCCACUCAGGUAGUAGACGGAUAGGAAACAAGUCAUACUGUUGGAAGUGGGUGUGCUAGCUAGCAUCUGCCUCGUACCUGUGGAAACUCAAUAGCCAUUGCAAGAGUAUUUUUGUUCCUCAAUAAGAGAAAUAAAGAAAUUUGCAGCCCUUUGUUUUUAGAAGGGAGUGUUUUACCUUUUUUUUUU